AUGUCCACGAAACCCAUCUUCGUGGCUACGCAUCCGAGAGCGUGUAGCACCGCUUUCGAGAGGGUGUUCAUGACUCGUCGAGAUAUCCUCAACUGUGUCCACGAGCCCUUUGGAGACGCCUUUUACUUUGGGCCUGAGAGGCUCAGUGCAAGAUACGAGAACGAUGAGAAGGCUCGCGAGGAGAGUGGCUUUGCGGCCAGCACUUAUAAAACCAUCUUCGAGAGGAUUGAACGAGAGGGCAAAGAGCAAGUGCUUGGAUUGACUAAAUCUUCGCAAAUAUCACUACCGGAAAGCCCCUUCAGUUUGUAUUCUAAUCGCUCGGGGUCAAAUAUUCUACAGUACUUCGUUUUCAGCCCCACUGCUGGAAAACGCCUCUUCAUCAAGGAUAUCACCCACUACCUCGUCCCUCCGGAGGGCAAGCCCGCAAGCAUCGCACCUUCCCUCGGCGGAAAGAAGGUCAAGAAAGGAGUCGGCACAGACGGGAACACCAACGGCUCGCACCAGGCUCCCUACCCGUACGACACCGCCGCUGAGCCCGGCAACCCCACUGUCGUACCCGCCGCGAUCCUGAAGCAGUUCCACUUCACGUUCCUAAUCCGGCACCCGCGCUACAGCAUCCCCUCGUACUGGCGGUGCACCAUCCCGCCGCUCGACAAGGUCACCGGCUUCUACGACUUCAUGCCCUCGGAAGCCGGCUACGACGAGCUGCGCCGCGUCUUCGACUUCCUGCGCGCCGAGAAGCAGAUCGGCCCGGCUCUCGCGGGCCAGCACGGCCGAUUGGAAGACGGCGAGGUCAGCAUCACCGUCAUCGAUGCGGAUGACCUGCUGGAUAACCCGGAAGGCAUCAUCGAAGCGUACUGCAAGGAAGUCGGCAUCGAUUACAGCCCGGCGAUGCUGAACUGGGACUCCGAAGAGGACCAUAAGAGAGCCCGAGAAGCCUUCGAGAAGUGGAGGGGCUUCCACGAUGAUGCGAUCAACAGCACCUCACUCAAGCCGAGGAGCGCCGCCAAUAAAAAGAAACCCAAGACAGUAGAAGUCGAGGACCAGGAAUGGAUCGACAAGUAUGGGGAGCGGGCUCAGAAGAUCAUGCGGGAAUGCGUCAAUGCCAAUCUCCCGGACUACGAGUAUCUGAAGUCGUUUGCUAUCAAGGCUUGA